AAAGUUCCAAGUUAUCAAGAUGGCUGAAAGACAACUAAGCAUGGGUCUAACCCUAGUCUUCAUCGUCACAAUGUGGGCUGGUUCUUUCGCUCAGCCUAGCUGCCCGCCGCCGAUGGUCAGUCUUCAGCCCUGCCUCGGAUUUAUAACUGGCAACUCGUCCUCGAACCCUCCGCCUCAAUGUUGUACGCAACUUGCAAGUAUGGUUCAGUCUCAGGCUCAGUGUCUCUGCCAAGUGCUUAGUUUAGCUCCUCAACUCCCGUUGCCUGUUAAUCGGACUCAGGCCGUUACUCUCCCUGGCGCUUGCAACAUUCAGGUUCCACCCCUCAGCCAGUGUAAUGCUCAAUCUGGACCGUCGACUCCUACAACUCCAUCUGGACCGUUCAUCCCUGCAGCG